CUUAUACACUAGAGUGUUUGAAGAAAUAAAGGCUAAGUCAAGGCUCCAUAUUGCAAAUUGCAUGUCUAAGUCACUCUCGACAGAUGACUCCCACCAUUCGGAGGAUCCGCCUCUCAAGAUCACGUAGAAUUGAGUGGUGAAAUCACGAAUAUCGGUGUAUAAUUCAAGUUCUUUACGGGUCACGCAAAGCCUUCAGGUCACGGAUCACGAAGAAUAAUCUCCUAAAUUCACGUUUCACGGAAAAUAAAAUCAGCUAAUCACGCAUCACGAGAAUAUCCCUGUAAGCAAAGUAUUGUUGCUUUUUGUGCAUUUUUAGCAUCCAAUCUCUCCUCCACCGAAAAUUGAACAAGACUGGAGACGAGUAUUUAGCCUCGUUUUGAAGUCAUUCUUCAAGGCAUUCUUUUCCAAAGAAACCCGGAAGUUAAUGUCUUCGCAAUCUAGCUCAUUCUCGGAAAGCUUAACGUUUGGGUCUUUUUAUUUGCCCAUCCACCUAAAAGCCAAGUUGAGGUUUUUUUGCCAGUAUGCAAGACGAAAACCAAGCUGUUCAGGAACUCGAACAAGAGUUUUCAAAGCCAUGGGAACAGAGUGAUGUAGUCCUGCUUGUUGAAGGACAACAGUUCCAUGUUCAUCGUGUAAUCCUAGCGAUGAGUUCUCCUGUUUUCUCCCGAAUGUUCUCUUCCGAUUUCAAAGAGAAAGAGGCAGACGAGAUUCCUUUACCCGAGAAGAAGGCUGCCGAGAUAAGAGAGAUGUUGAUGGUCAUCUAUCCAAGAUUUUGUAAACCUGUGAACGCCACCAACUUGUAUUUCUUGCUGCCUCUUGCCCGGGAAUACCAGAUAACCGUGCUUUCACAGAAGUGUGAAGAUUAUCUGCUGCGAGUUGCGGAAAAGGAGCAUGAAAUCGGUCCACUUUUUGAGACCUUAAUUGUCGCUCAGAAUUACACCUUGGAAAGAGCGAUAGCUGAGUGCGUUAACAAAACGCAAAAACUUUCCAUCGAGGAGUUACAGGGUCAUGAGUUAUACGAACAAGUCGAGCCUCUUUCUCAGCGAAAGAUGAUUGAAUUACAAAUGGAUAACAUGGAGAAAAAGCUAUGCGACGCCAAAGCUGAGUUACUAGAGUCCAAAGCUGAGAUUUCAAAGUUGCAAGCCAAAAUCAAAGAAAUAAAAGCUUCCGCCUCCCUAGGAUUGGAAUCCUUUGAGUUAGUUGUUGCCAUUCUUGGACGCCACGUUCGUAAGGCAAAGCAAAUUAAUGAGUCUGUUUUUAACUUCCAAUUUACCACAGAGCAAAAUUUGGCAACAGUUUGUCACGACAGCUCAAAUGUCCCUGCCCGUGCAUGUUUAAAUUUGUCUCCAACAUACAAACCUCUAAAACAGCUUCAAGAUAAGCUACAAGCAAUAAGGGAUUCCAGUUAGGUGACUGAUGCUCAUUUUUUGCAGUGCGAUAUAUCAUUUAAUUUUGGAGAUUUUAUUUUAAAAGGAUUAAGCCUGGUUCACACUAGCGACAUAACGACAUCGUCAUGAAUGACAUAAAAAGGAUGUACAUUAUAUUUGUAGUGUGAACUUGUAGACAUAAUGACAUAUUAGCAACAUAACAGCAUGAACAUAAUGACAUAAAGAUAAAACUGAUCUUUUCCUUAUGUUAUUAUGUCAAUGUUGUUAUGUCGUGAUGUCGUUAUGUCGCUAGUGUGAACCAGGCUUAACACUAUACAGCUCUUUCAAAAAAACUUUGCAUGCAGCAUCAAGCCUAAAGCCUGGUUCACACUAGCAACAUGACUACCUAACGACAUCGUCACAAACGACAUAAAAAGGACGUUAUCUCAACAUAAAAAAGAUGUUAUGUGAACAUGUAGACAUAAUGACAUAUUAGCAACAUAACAGCAUGAACAUGACGUAAAGAUAAAACUGAUCUUUUCCUUAUGUCAAUGUCGCUAUGUCGUUGUGUUGUGUGAACCAGGCUUUAAAUUUUAGGGGCCCUGACAUAUUCACUAGUUCCCCACUUUGUGUUAACUAGACUUUUAGGUCAGAAUCCAUCCCCUCUUCCUCAACACAAACAGGUGAAUGUGUUACGGCCCCUUACUUGAGUGUUGCUAGUUUUCAUGUGACAUCAUAUUUUUCCAAAAUUGAAAAUUACUAUUCCCA